GAAAACAACAAAAAAAAAUCAAAAGAAAUUAAAGUAGAGGAGCAACAAAAGCAAAGCAGCUGGUCCUUUCCCAUUUCCUGUAAAUUGUCUUCGUCUCUACCUUCCAUCUCAUUCUCACCCGCUCUCUUCGGAAAACCCCCGACGGAGGAUUAAGUUUUUUUCUUUGCCUCCUCUAAUUCGUUCCUGUUUAUCAAUCCGCCGGAGCAAAUCUCCAAGCUUUAUGAUCUCGAAUUUUUGAAGAGGCAGGGGAUGGCUUGUAAAGAGGAAACUAAUGCAUCUGCGCAAGAGUCUUUAACCCAUGAAGCCAGUGAGAUUUGGAGGAGUGAAUUGGAGUCUCGUCGGUUUCAGGUAGAUAGUUUAGAAGCUGAGCUUUUGGAUGUGAAGGCUUACCUUGAGUUUGGUUCAUCAGAGGAAGAUGCGAGAAAGGAGUUAGGUGUUCUUUCUGGUAGGGUGAGAAAGACCGCGACGAUGUUGCGUUAUUUGAGAUCGAAAGCUAUGAUCUUGGCCAUUCCUGAUCUCUCAUGCGACGUUGUUGAGAAAGGAGAUGAUGGUGGUUCGUCUUCUCAAGGGUCUAGGAAUGUAGAGGAUGGGGCCUAUACUAGCGAGAUGCUCCAGUCCAUAGAGAUGGUUACUGAUGUGCUCGAGUCUCUUGUGAGGAGAGUUACAGAAGCGGAAUCUGAGACGGCUUUUCAGAAGGAGAUGGUGCUUUUGGGAGAGGAGGAGAUUUGUAGGAAGACGGUGCAGAUCGAUAAUCUGUCGGUGAAGCUAGAAGAGAUGGAGCAGUUCGCUCAUGGGACUAAUAGUGUUCUUGACGAACUGCGGGAAAGGAUCCAGGAGCUGGUCGAAGAGACGGUGAGGCAGAGGGAAAAAGCUGUGGAGAACGAGGAGGAGCUGUGUCGUGUGAAGAGAGAGUUCGAGUUGCUUAAAAGCUAUGUCAGCACUUUUACCAAUGUUAGAGAAACACUUCUUUCGUCGGAGAGGCAAUUCAAAUCCAUCGAAGAGCUCUUCGAACGGUUGGUCAUUAAGACGACGCAGUUAGAGGGGGAGAAGGCGCAGAAGGAGGUUGAAGUUCAGAAACUGAUGGAGGAGAAUGUGAAGUUGACGGCACUUCUGGACAAGAAAGAGGCUCAGCUUCUGGCUUUGAAUGAACAAUGCAAAGUUAUGGCUUUAAGUGCAUCAAACAUCUGAAUUUGCCAGCAUUUGUUAAGAGGCUCAGCUUCUCUCUUAUUCUCAUCUUUCUCAUCCUGGGACAAAUGAUUCACAGAAGAGAUUGAUUAUUCAUUGCUGUGUUCCAUUUUUUUUGUAACUUUAUCUGUAGAUUUUUAUAUGUUUGGCUUCUGCAAAAUCAAAUAGGAUUAUGUUUUGCUUCUACUCCAAAACGGCAGGUAGUUCUUACGUCUGUGUAUCAGACGGCAAGAAUGUUUUCAUUAAGUUUGCCUUCGUGGCAGAAUCGCACAUGACAUGGCAAAUAGGAUUCAUCCACGUGUAGACUUGUGUAGAGUUUCUAAAACCCCAAAUCUUUUUGUUUGGCAAAUUCGUUGUUUCUAAGCAAUUUCUUCGUUAACCAUGGAUUCUGAUGUGGAGAUUCUCUCUGAAGCUCCUGCUUCUACGCCGAAGCGACGCAUUUUCAGAAUGGGCGCACUAAUUGAUGAUCGCGACGAUAAGAUUGGGAGAAGAAGGGUGAGAGAUGUUGAAGUUUCUGUUCCGAUUGUGUGUGGAUCGGUUGCUUUUUUCCGUGGAAAGUUAGCUAAAGAGUAUCGAACACAUAAUUGGACUGUCUAUGUACGCGGAGCUACGAACGAAGAUCUUGGUGUUGUUAUAAGGAAAGUCAUCUUCCACUUGCAUCCAAGUUUCAAGAACCCUACUAGAGUUGUUGAUUCGCUUCCUUUCACAUUGUCUGAGUGUGGCUGGGGAGAGUUCAAAAUCGAUAUCACCAUCUUCCUCCAUAACGAUGUCUGUGAAAAGAAGUUGGAGUUGUCUCACCUGCUAAAGCUGAACCCUGAGAUUUACAGUGGUCCUCAGUCUCCCAAGAUACCAGUUGUCUCUGAGUCCUACAAUGAGAUUGUCUUCCCUGACCCAUUUAAGAGUUUCCUCGCCCGUGCGCAUAAUCACCCGGCUGUUCACAUCUCCAAGCUCCCAGAUGGAUUCGACCUGCCUCUUCAAGGGGACGCAGAAACUUAUUAUGAGAUGAGAAAGGGAGACACCAAGGAUCAUCCGCUUAGCCCAUGGUUUUUGAAGUUUUCAGAAGCAGACGAGCUUUUUAAACUUACUUCAGCUCGUCACAAGGUACAAGCUGAUAUCGCCGAGCUAAAAAGACAGUUUAUCAUGGUAGAUGUGGAAUCGGAAGAACUAUAGUCUUCGUCUAGCAAUGAAUGUUAACAACAGGGAUAAGUAUGCUAGGAAGUUUUGUGUGAUACGGUUCGUAUAUGUCAAUGGGGUGCAAAAACCAGAUAUAUCUCAAUACGGUUAGAACAUGUAAAGAAAAGAGCAUUUGUGGUCAAUAUGGUUGUAUGAGACAAAAGUACAAAAAUGCAUAUGCUUUAGCUCAUCUUGUUUGCGUCUCCCUUAAACUCUUCUCUUGUCAUACAUUGGCAUCACAGGUUUGUGAAUGUGUAAAAACACAACUUGAAACAGCUGCAGAGUCUAAAAUGGUUUAGUUGGAUACAUGACGAUGUUGUCUAAGUAUUCUAUAGGUAAAAGCUCUGUAUCUUUCAUGCCUUCUUUGUUUAGCAGAGGAAGCAAUGGACGAAGCAAGUGAGGAGGAGAAUGAUUUCAAAACCAGUAUUUUCCUUUUCUUCUACAUGUUUUUGGAUAGUAGCCACAUGGGUGAGUCUUUUGAUUUCAAGACAAUGGACCCUUCACACUUAAGUUAAGCCUCUUCCUCUUCUUUCUCUUUGGCUCUUACUUUUUUUCUAAUACCUUUGUCUUCUUCUUGUUUCUUCUUUUUUUUUUUAUUAUUAUUACCCUUUUUGCCCAAUUUUUUGUGAAUGUUGAACAUUUUUACCCUUUUCUUUUUGGAUGGUCUCUAUGAGUUUCCUAUAUUUUUUUAAUAUUUAAAAAUUCUGAUAACCGUGUUUGUUGCC